AAAAAACAAAACAUUCAACAGAGAUAGCAGACCAGACAAUACGCCGGGUAUCUCGUAAAAGAACUUGUUAAAACACACAAGCCAGUUAUCACACGCCAAACCACCCAAUUGAGCAUACGCCUACACGUUGUUUUAACCUCAAGUUGUACCACAUCGAGGACGGCUAGAGAGAAAGAGCACGAAAAACGAGGCAUCCACAAAACUUCAAUACCAAAUCACUAAGGGAGAAAACUCACUAGUGAGGAACACGUUGUUUUGAUAGUUAGAAGGAGAGGGUUACAUCUUAGGCCGACACAUUUCAACCUCAGUACAAGAAGGACGACUGGAACCAGCAACAGAUGCCAUACGCUUGCCCCAUCAACGGUAAAGGUACGCAACUCAACAUUAGUGCAGCUCCCAGUAGAGUGUCGACUCCUCACAGUGAUGGCUCGAGGAAGCCAUCAGCAACACAGCUGGGUGACGAGAACAACGCACCAAACAGCGCGCCCGUUACGCCGCCCCGCCAGAGCAGAGCAGAUAGUGAUGCCAAACCUCACAGAGGGAUGUUCAUACUAAACGACGACGACGACGAUGAGGAUGAAACCUAUGACGAGUCACAGAUGUCGUCAUCCCGCAUAACAAUUCAAGCACCGCCUCCAAGCUCGACGCCCAUCAAGACACCACAGGCCGUACGACGUUUAUCACCUCAGCAGCCUGGAGAACACCAUACCUCGCCUUUGAGAAGAGCAUACUCGAGAAAGAACCAAGCCGCCAGCGGCAUCUCGAAGAUUACCUUCAACCGCUCCGACAUUCUGAGAUUCCCCAAGGAGUCAACACAUGCGUAUUCAUAUGCCCAUUUAUCUCCAAAUUCGUUGGCUGUUCGUCUCUCCGUGCUGAAGAGAUCGCUAGAGAUACUGCUGGAUCGCCCAGAGCUGAUGAACUUGAAGUCGUAUGUCCAGACUGGCCCCUCAACAAAUGGGCUGGACCUGGACAUUGGGACUUUUAUCUCACAGAUCCAAAAUGAGACGGCUAAAGACGUUGAUGUCGCUUCUCCGGUGUCGAAGAACUUGAACAUUCGGUCGAAUGCGUCUUCCGCAGCGUUGGCUGCUCUAUUCAACGAUCACAAGAACAACUCUCAACCUCCAGCUAACAGCAAGUCCGAUAACCACGACUCGGAUGCAAACGAAGGCAUUAAGAACUUGAUCAACAUAUUACAAGAGGAUGAAUUGUCUGACACUUCUUCGAAGAAUUUGGCACAGAACCUACACGAUUUGUCUCUUGCUACAGGUGACAGCUCGAAGAGCUUGGAAUCAAGAUCACAGCUGAAGGUCAAAAUGCUACACGCUUUGGCUACGCCAUUCUAUGAGCCUAUCAUCGAUACGCCAAUCAUACCAUUUAACAAAGGUGGAUCUUCUUUAGCACUUUCUGCCCUUGCCAAGGAGUCAGUGGUGUCACAAGGUAGCAAUGAAAGAGUAUUCCAUAACGUUUCACAGAGAAACAAUUCACCUCAGGCGGUCUUCACCUGCGAAUUGAACGAUCCUUGGAAUUUGAAGGCUGCUAAUGACUUGGCGUGUCUUAUAUUUGGUGUUUCAAAGGCAUCUCUACGUCGAUUGACUUUGUUGGAUUUAAUUGCCCCAGAUGCCCGUGAUUUUGUCCUCAAUAAGUUGAUUGAAAACUCAAUGACAAACGAUGAAAUGAUCUUUGCAGGUGAAGUGGUUGCAAUCGCUAAACGAGGUACGAAACUUACGUGGUCAAGUCUGUGGGCAAAGAAGAAGGGUAAUUUGAUUAUCUGUAUGUUCGACCAAGUUCCGUGUGAUUCUGUUGAUCUGAUAUAUAACGCUGAAGAAAACAAGAUUAUGUCAACCAAGAGCAUUUCUGGAUGUUUCUUCAACUAUGUCUCGCAGUGUUCAACCGUUGGUGACCUUGUGGAGAAAUUUGAUGAGACAACUCAAAUAGACAAUGAAGACACCAACGUUCCCCUUGCGGUAAUGAAGGCACAACUGGCUAAUGAUCAAAGAUACUUCACUGUGAAAAAGAAUGGGUACAAUGUUCCGUGUGCAUUGACAUCAAAGGUUAUUGACGAAAACGAAGGAAGGGUGAAAAUCAGAAUACACACAAUGCCUUACAUUGCCGGUGUCUUUAUUGUGUCCAGAUCUAACUACUCGGUGUUAUCUUUCAACAACUCUGUUUCAAAGAAUCUCUUUGGGUACAGUGAAAGACAAUUGACUAAUUGUUCUGUGGAUAAGAUCAUCCCAAAGUUUUCGAAGAUGAUGAAAUACAUCUUUAAGAAUAUGCCACGACUGAAAAUUAUGCCUGGUUUGGUACUUCCAGAGCACUUCUUCCGUCAAGUUGACUCGAAUCUAGAAAAUACAGGCGAAGAAGGAUUCUUAACAUCCCUUGGACUAAACGGUCUCCACAGCGAUGGUUCAACCAUCAAGAUUGAUGUUCAACUCAGAUGUACGAAUAGUGAUACUUUUGUUUUAUGGGUGACCCAUUCAAGAACACUCUAUGGUGGCUCGUUGCAACGCAAAGUUGAUUUCAAAUUAGAUACCGGUUCUGAAGAUGAGGAAUCCAUCAAGGCACCACAUGGCCCAUUUGAUGCAGAGGUGGUUGAUAAGAGUGAAGAUGAACUCCCGUCUCAGCUCUCGAUAUUGAACGUUAAUGAAAUUCAAACAGUCUCAAGAACUUCCAGCAUGAGAUCAACGACUGUUUCAUCAUCAACGCAAAGCUCAAACCUAUCAACCACCGAUAAUAGUGAGGUUGACAUUGGCCAGCUUGUUAACCCUCAAGUGGGAUCGGAAGCGAAAUCCGACUCCAAGACCGAUUUGACAAGGUACAAGAUGUUGGAUCAAAAAUUAGAUGAACUGGAGCUCCUAAAGCUUGAGAACGACGCCAUUGAAAAACGUAAAACAGUUUCACGCCAUUAUCCUCGUGUGAUUGGGUCAAAGAGACGAGAGAAGUCAUUUAACGAGUACAAGAUUGUGAAAAAGAUGGGCCAAGGUGCGUAUGGCCGUGUCGUUCUGGCUGAGAAUAAAGAGGAUCCCAAUUACAUUGUUGUGAUAAAGUUGAUCAUCAAGGAGCGUAUCUUGGUUGACACCUGGGUCAGGGACCGUAAACUGGGAACCAUCCCGUCUGAGAUCCAAGUAAUGGCGACACUGAACAAGAACCCGCAUCCGAACAUCAUGAGACUCAUCGAUUUCUUCGAAGAUGAUGACUACUACUACAUCGAGCUCCCGCCUCACGGCUAUCCAAUCCCGGCUAUCGACCUCUUUGACUUUAUCGAGCUGAAGAAGGAUAUGAGUGAGCUGGAGUGCAAAUCCAUCAUGAAGCAAAGCAUCAGUGCGAUUAACCAUUUGCAUAAUAACGGCAUCGUUCACAGAGACAUCAAGGACGAGAACUUGAUCAUCGAUGCCAACGGAGUUAUAAAGCUCAUCGACUUUGGAUCAGCUGCAUACAUCAAACAAGGUCCAUUCGACGUGUUUGUCGGCACGUUGGACUACGCUGCGCCUGAGGUCCUCAACGGAUUACCAUACGAGGGAAAGCCACAGGACGUGUGGUCCCUUGGUAUCUUGCUGUAUACCCUCAUAUACAAGGAGAACCCGUUCUACAACGUUGAUGAGAUCAUGGAGGGCGAACUUCGUAUACCGUUUGUCACCAGCGAAGGAUGUCUCUCUUUAAUCAAGCGAAUUCUACAAAGGGAUAUCCGCAAACGUCCAGCGAUGAAGGACAUUGUGGUGGAUCCAUGGCUAAUUGAAUAAAACCACUCACAGGAUA